AUGAUACUUAUUGGAGUAUUCAAUGUUUCUCAAAGUGAAGAAAAUAAAAACAAAGAAGAGAAAGAAGAAAUUAAACCAGUCAGUCCAAUCCACAUGUUUCGAUUUGCGGAUAGGGUAGAUGUUUUCUUUAUGAUAAUUGGAUUCCUUGGAGCCCUUGGAAAUGGCAUCUGUGUUCCAGUGAUGUACAUCAUAUUUGGUGAAAUGACAGACACAUUUUUGUGCCAUAAUACGUCACUCCAAAACUCAAGUACAUGCGCACAGUUCAGGCCAUUACCGGAACAGAUGACACUGUUUGCAGUAUACUAUAGUGCUGUCGGAGUAGGUGUUAUGGUUUGUGGAUAUGUACAGGUUUCAUUCUGGGUUCUGGCCGCAGCAAGGCAAACUCGUAAAAUGAGGGAAAAGUUCUUUCACUCGGUUUUAUCUCAAGAAAUAAGCUGGUUUGACGUCACCAAAUCUGCAGAACUCAACACACGUCUUACUGAAGACAUCAAUAAAAUCAAUGAUGGAAUAGGAGAUAAAGUGGGCCAUCUUUUCCAAAAUUUGUCAACUUUUGCAGCUGGGCUAAUAGUUGGCUUCGCCAAAGGAUGGCAACUUGCAUUGGUCAUCAUGGCUACAAGUCCACUUGUAGCCAUAUCGACAGCAAUAUGUUGUAAGAUGGUAGUCUCCCUUACCAGCAAGGAGCUCUCGGCUUACGCUAGAGCUGGAGCAGUGGCUGAAGAGGUUCUAUCAUCAAUAAGGACUGUUGUGGCAUUUGGUGGCCAAGAAAAAGAGAUAACCAGAUAUGCAAACAAUUUGGAAGAGGCCAAAAAAUAUGGAAUAAAAAAAUCUAUUGCUUCUCAUUUCUCCCUUGGCGUUAUGUACUUCAUUAUUUAUGCAACAUAUGGCCUUGGAUUUUGGUAUGGCACCAAGCUGAUAUUGGGAGACAAAGGGUACACCAUUGGAGAUGUUUUUGUGGUAUUCUUCUGUGUUGUAUUGAGCAGCUAUUGCAUUGGACAGGCAGCUUCUCACCUUGAGGCAUUUUCUGUUGCAAGAGGCGCUGCCUGUAACAUCUUUAAAGUGAUUGAUCAGGUGUCAGCAAUUGACUGCUUUUCAAAGGAAGGCUAUAAACCAGACACCAUAAAAGGAAAUGUGGAAUUUAAGAAUGUUCAUUUUUCUUAUCCUUCAAGACCUGAUGUUCAGGUUCUAAAAGGCCUUAAUCUUAAGGUUAAAUCUGGACAGACUGUGGCGUUGGUAGGACAAAGUGGAUGUGGAAAAAGCACAACAAUGUUGCUUCUGCAGAGACUGUAUGAUCCACUAGAGGGCAGGAUUCUUGUUGAUGGUCAUGAUAUCCGAUCCCUGAAUGUAAGACAUUACCGAGAAUUCAUUGGAGUGGUCAGCCAAGAACCUGUAUUGUUUGGAACUACAAUUAAAAACAACAUAAAAUAUGGAAGAGAAAAUGUGACUGAUGAAGAAAUUGAAAAGGCUGCUAAAGAAGCCAAUGCAUAUGAUUUUAUUAUUGAACUUCCAGAUAAAUUUGAAACUCUCGUUGGGGAAAGAGGAGCUCAGCUAAGUGGAGGCCAGAAACAAAGGAUAGCAAUUGCUAGAGCUUUGGUGAGGAAUCCCAAAAUUCUACUACUGGAUGAAGCCACUUCUGCUUUGGACAGUGGAAGCGAAUCUCUUGUACAAGCUGCUUUAGAUAAGGCCCGCGAAGGCCGUACUACCAUUGUCAUUGCCCAUCGUCUCAGUACAAUUUGGACAGCAGAUGUCAUCGUUGUGAUAGAGAAUGGAGCUGUAGCUGAACAAGGAACUCAUUCAGAAUUAAUAGAGAAGAAAGAAAUGUAUUAUUCACUUGCAACAGCACAGACCAUACAAGUAGCAGAUAAUUGCACUAAUGAAUCGUCACAAAUAGAAAAGGCUGAACUGCCCAGAAUGCCAUCUCCAGUCAUAUGUUUAAAUUCCAAGACAUCUUUGGAAUAUGGACCAUUAGAGCACAUGAAGGAAGAAGAGAGAACAGGUGAAAAAGAAGAGAAAUAUCCUCCAAAUGUUUCCUUUUUCAAACUCUUGAAACUAAACAAGUCUGAGUGGCCAUACAUUCUUGUUGGAAGUCUCGCAGCUGUAUUAAAUGGCAGUGCUCACCCUAUAUUUAGCAUACUGUUUGCCAAAUCGUUAGCUAUUUUUGGCCUUAAUGAUCCAGACAGAAUCAGAAGUCAAAUAGAUAUUUACAGUCUCAUCAUAGUUUUCGUUGGUGUAUUGUCUUUUUUUUCCUUUUUUGCACAGGGUUUCAUGUUCGGGAGAUCAGGGGAAGUUCUAACAAUGAAAUUAAGGAAGAUGGCGUUUAAAUCAAUGUUGCAGCAGGACAUCUCGUGGUUUGAUCACAAAAAAAAUAGUACAGGAGCUCUAACUACAAGACUCGCAACUGAUGCAGCGCAAAUCCAAACAGCAACAGGAUCCAGACUUGGUUUAAUAGCAGAAAGUGUUUCCACAAUAGGACUGUCGAUUAUAAUCUCUUUUGCUUUUGGCUGGGAAAUGACAUUGUUGAUUCUGCUUCUGUGUCCUAUUCUCAUUUUCACUGGAUUGUUGGAGACAAAGGCCCUAGUUGGCUUUGCUAAUCGUGAUAAAAAAGAGCUUCAGUAUGCUGGAAAGAUUGCAACAGAAGCUGUGGAUAGUAUUAAAACGGUCGUAUCCUUAACUUGUGAAGAAACAUUUGAAAACAUGUACAGUGAAUGCUUACAGAAACCGUACAGAAAUUCACAGCGUAAAGCCCAAAUAUAUGGCAUUUGUUUUGCAUUUAGUCAAUCAUUCAUAAAUUUCACUUAUGCUAUAUGCUAUCGCUUUGGGGCCUACAUGAUUGAAAUUGAAAGGAUGACUCAAGAAGACGUAUUCCUUGUAUUUUCAACACUAGCCUAUGGAGCCGUUUCUGUUGGGCAGACUUUAUCUUUUGCUCCUGACUAUGCCAAGGCUAAAUCUGCAGCUUCCUAUCUCUUUGACUUGUUCGAAACAGAACCAGUUAUUGACAGUUUUAGUCACCAAGGACAGAAACCAGAUAAAUUCCAUGGACUUUUAGAAUUCCGUAAAGUUUCAUUCAACUAUCCAUCGCGUCCGGAUGUACGUGUCCUCAAAGACCAAUCUGUAAAAAUACAGAGCGGACAAACGGUGGCAUUUGUUGGUAGCAGUGGAUGUGGCAAAAGUACGUCUAUUCAGCUUCUACAAAGGUUCUAUGACCCACUAGAAGGAGAAGUGCUGUUUGAUAAUAUCGAUGCUAAAUGUUUGAAUGUGCAAUGGCUCCGUUCACAACUGGGAAUCGUGUCCCAAGAGCCAGUGCUGUUUAAUUGCAGCAUUGCCGAAAACAUUGCUUAUGGAGACAACACCCGCACUGUAUCAAUGGAAGAAAUACAGAGAGCGGCAAAAGCCGCCAAUAUCCAUUCCUUCAUAGAAGGACUCCCUGAGAAAUAUGACACAAUGGCUGGAGGAAAAGGAACGCAGCUCUCAGGAGGCCAGAAGCAAAGAAUAGCAAUAGCCAGAGCGCUUAUUCGUUCACCCAAAGUUCUACUUCUAGACGAAGCCACUUCUGCAUUGGACAAUGAAAGUGAAAAAAUUGUACAACAAGCCCUUGACCAAGCAAGAGAAGGAAGAACCUGUAUCAUGAUCGCACACAGGCUAUCGACUGUGCAGAAUGCAGAUACCAUUGUUGUGAUGAAGAAUGGGAAGAUAAUAGAAUACGGGAAUCAUCAGCAGCUAUUAGCGAAUCGUGGAGAAUAUUACUAUUUAGUAAAUGCACAAACAAUAACCUAA